UAACAUUGUUAGUGUCACCCCACCCCCCCAGGAUGGCGCUCUCUCAUUCAGUCUGUCACGGGCGUGGAUGAUUACUUUACUAACCAGAGUGACGAUGACACACCCACACUGGAAGAAAGUGACCCUCAGUCUACAUCAGUCCACAGAUCCUCAUUUGGCAGUUGUCAAAAAAGAAAACUUCGGAAAACUCAGCAUAAAAAGAGAGAAAGUUGCAGACUCAAGUUUUCUUUGGGAGACGACGACAAAGACACAGAUGAGGAAAGUUCUGAGAGGACAUCCGAGAAAAUGCAGUGGACAAAAAUGAAAGAGCAACUCACUAAUCUCCGACAAAAAUGUGAGAACGAGGAGGAGACACUCAGGUUGAAGAGGACUCAGUUAAAAGACGUUGAGCUCUGCCUUUCUGAACUGCGGCAGAGAAGAAAGCAUGCCUUGCAGGAAUUAGAGCGAGUGACUGCACAGAGAGCACAGGUGGAGAAGGAGAAGAAGACUAUGGAGUCCAGUCUGAGAGACAGCAGGAUAGAGAGAGACUCUCUCAGUUGCCAAGUGGAAAAGUUGCAGAGACAAAGAGAUUCUUGUCUCCAUGAGAUCAGAGACAUGGAGGAAGAACUUGAAACUCUGAGUCAGAAGACUCUAAAGGAUGGAUCCUGCUCGAAGAACAACGUCAUCAUGUCAGUGCUGGAGAGGGAGGAGAUGGAAAGACAGCUGGACGGUGCAAAAACUCAACUGUUUGCUGAGCAGAGACGUGCACGAGAGAAGCUAGAGUCCAUGCAAGAGAAGUUAGAGCAGACUCGUGAGGAACUCCAGAGGGCCACAGAGGCAGAGAGCUCACUGAGGAACAGAUGUGUUUUUCUGGAAGAGAAACAGAUCCAGAAAAAGGAGCAAAUUGAGGCACUUGAGGUUCAGGUAAGCGAGCUGCAGGUUGAACUGGGAGAAGGUAAGAUCAGGGUGGGUGCUCUGGAGAAGAAGUUGGCCCAGAAGGAGCUGCAGCUGCUGGAUUUCCACGAACAACAUGGGGCCUUACAAACAGAAAGAGACGGACUGAAGGGGGAGCUACAGCACCUGAAAACCCAGCACGACAAAGCAGUGAAGGAAGCCCAGGAACAAGCCUACAGAUCAAUGGUUGAUCAGCAGGCCGAGGAAGAGAAAGCAAGUGCUUUGAAAGAGCACACACUGGUUCUCACGCGAUGCGUUGAGGCAAUGCAAAGCUCCAUUCAGAUAAAAGAAGAAGAGGCAAAGCAGCUAAGGAUCUCUCUGGAGCAGCAGAGGGAGGAGGCAAAGAACCGCGAAGAGGAGCUGCAUAAAGACGCCUCUGAAAAGGUGAACAAAGCAAUAGACGAGGAGAGGAGGAAGUGGGAGGCACAAAGAGUGGAAGCUGUGCAGGUGCACUGUGGGAUACUGGAGGAGCAGAACAAAAAGAGCCAGGAAAGCAUGAGGAGUAAGAUGCAGCGAGAGAAGAGUAGAGCACAAGCUCUUCAACAUAAAGUGUUGGAACUAAAAACAAGGAUGCAGGAGUUGGAGAGUGAACGUUGUGCACAGCAGAGAGAGCAGGAGUCUUUGCUGGCUGUUAUUUGUAGAUCGCUGAAAGAGGAGCACCAGGCUGAGCUGCAGAGGUUGAAGAAACAGAUGGCACAGGAGAACCAGAGGACGGCGCUGCAGCUUGAGAAGGCUGUUCAGCUGGCAAAGAAAGAGGCUGACAGGCUCCGGGUGACGCUGGAAGAAAGGGAGCGAGGUUACAACAGAAUCACUGCUGAGCUGGACCGGCAGCACAGACACUGGGCCCAGGAGCUGGGAGCAGAGUGCCAGCAUAUGCAACUCUUAGUGGAACAGAGUGGAGCCAAACAGAGAGCUGUGACGCUGCCUGCCUGUCCUACAGUAGCUGAGGCUCUUACAACCCUGAGAGCACUGAGAGAGCAGCUGGAGCACUUGAUUAUCCAUCUACACCAGGAGCUGGGUUCACAGAAGCAAACUACCGAGCAGCUGAGAAAAGACAAGGAGCGAGAAUUGAGCGCCCAGAGGCAGCAGCUCAGGCUGGAGAGAGAUAGAGCCGUAGACUCUGUGAAGGAGCGUCUCAUUCAGGAGCACAUUGAGGAGUUGAGCAGCCUGAACAGGACUCAGCUGACUGAUGGAGGAGCUGAAGGAGGAGGAGCAGCUGUAUCUCUGCGCAAGCAGUUGAAGGCCAAAGACGUGGAGCUCAGGCAGGUUCAGAGGAGCAUGGCUCAGUGGAAGCAACAGACUGCAGCUCGUCUGGCAUGCAAAUUUGAAGAGGAGCUGACCGCUGAACUGGAAAGGUGCAAGGCAAAGUUGUUAAGAGGAAGAAAGAUAUCAGUGGCUCGGGGGGAGGACCAGAGAAAGUCAGAGAGGCCUGAAGGAGGGAAGGCUCUUAGUGUAAAGGAUGCCCAAACUUUGGUUUGCUCUCCCUCCCUCCCUGUGGGGGACUCUGCAGCCUCCCACAGCCCCUCAGACGUGGCUUCAUUUAAGCUCCUACGUUACCUCCAGAGCAGAGUGAAGCAGCUCCGUCUAGAAAACCAGGCCUACACCUGGAACUCCUCUCCUCCUGACUCAGGAUCCUAUCUUAGGGCAAUCGCUCAUGGACAAGACAGUGCUGGAGCUCUGAGCCAGGCAGCAAUCAGGACCGUCCCAAGUUAAAGAAAAUGCUUUACAGAAUGUGUCAAUGAACGCCAUUUAUGAAACAUGAUUAAAAUCUGCGGACCACAGAGGUGAAACAUUUACUGUCACACGUGCUUAAGAUUGCAGAUUAACAAGCAGGUCACGUUGACAAAUGACACAACUGAAGAGUCAUGACAUUCACCUCCUUCUGUAUUAAGAAAGUCCACAUUUUAUGGUUGACGGUUACAGUGAACUGUGAAUGAGUGAUGAACUGACAUUUUACUAGAGACGUGAAGAUCAUGUGAGUUAUGUCAAAUAACCUCAUAAAGCUGACAGAGCUUUCUCGAGGAAUCCCUUGUGUAACCAUAAACCUCAUGUGAAGUUUAACUGCACAAUAAAGUUCAGUAGGUUUCUGGUACGAAAAUUGUCUGUAGCAUCUACUAUGCCUAAUUUACAUGAAAAUGUUAAAUCUUGAUGUAAAACUGUG